AUGCGCCUGGAACUGCAGCUGGUUGGGGAGGACGACUUUCCGGAGUUAGUCACCGCUUUAUGGGAAGCCUACGAGGAACCUCACCAGAAGUUCUUCCGCAUAUUCUGUCCUAUUUUCAACAAAGACAGAGAAAAGAGUCUUGCGGAUAGCAUCAAGUUCUUCCAGGAGGAGUAUAGGAACGAAUUUCCCGUCGCUCAGUGGGUGAAGGUGGUUGAUGCGGAUGCGAAUAACAAAAUUGCCGGCGCAGCACUAUGGAAAAUCCACCAGAAAAACCCGUACGAGACGUAUGAUGAAGAAAAAGUCGUUGCAGACUGGUAUCCAGAGGGCUCUAUGGAGAGGAUCAUUGCGAAUAAAUACCUCCGAGAUACGACUGCACCCCGUGCGAAGAAAGCGAGGAGACCCCAUCUUUUCCUGAAUAUUGCCUUUACGAUACCAUCAUAUCGUAAGUACGGCGUGGGUUCUUUAUUCCUUAAAUGGGGUUUGGAUAAGGCCGAAGAGUUGAAUUUUGAAUGCUGGCUAGAUGCGACUCCUUAUGGACGUCCCGUCUACGAGCGUCGGGGUUUCAUCGUAACGGAUGCUUGGAGUGUAGACUGUCCUAUGCCCGAGGGUCUUUCGGAAGAAAAGCAGAAGGAAUUCCAGGAAGCUCGAGAGCGGCUGUUGCCAGUAGAAAACGCUUGCAUGUGGCGGCCAAGGGGUGGCAUGUACAUCGAAGGGGUUACUGAGAAGCCAUGGGAAACGAAUUAG